AUGGUUUGGCUUGGCCUCCGCGUUUGCCAAAAGCUUGCGUACCGAGCGUGGCUCAGUCCACGAGUCGAUCCUUCGGUGCAUCAUCAACACCGCUUCGGCGACAUCAACAACAUGGCGCACUUCAUCGACCGAAAGCCCCGAAAGGAGUACACGCUUUUCGGCGGGGCCACACCAUGGUCGUCAGACGACUGGACUGCAAGCGACGACAGGGUGCGCGGCGGCAAGUCCCAGUCAUAUCUCGAGUGCUCGGACACAGUGGGCCGCUUCCAUGGCAAUCUGGACAUCGAAACCCUUGGAGGAGCCGGGUUCGCCAGCCAACGGACGACAGAUGAUCGCGAAUGGGAUUUGAGCGAUUACGCCGGUCUACAGAUAUUGGUCUCCAAAGGAGACAAGAAGCGCUAUACGCUCAACCUGAAGGAUGAACUCCUUCCUCGAGAUCCAGACACUGGGCGGGAGCAGUCUACAGUAUCUUACGAGUGCGAUUUUGAGAUACCUCCGCAGGAUGAACCAGGACACGCGACAGACCGCAAGAUAUUCAUCCCGUGGACAAGCUUCAAUGCGACUUACCGUGGCAGGCUGAAGAAAGAUGCCAAGCCCAUCAAUCUAAAGAAGGUGAAGCGACUGAGCAUCAUGAUGAGGAGCUUCUUUGGCUCUCAAAGUGGCGAUUUCUCACUUACAAUGCGCUCCAUCGUCGCGCUGUCAGAAAUACCAAAUCUGGAGUACCCGGUCGUAGAUGGCAACAUGUUGGAAAAAGGAUCGAUAACAGCCAGUGAGGAUCCGUAUCAGCGAGAGGUGAAGGAGCAUCGAUCUUCGAUUCAUACAUCAGCGGAUCGACGUCGCAGGAUUGCUUGCCUUCUGCUCGGAGCCAUCAGUCUGGCAGCAAUGUACUAUUUCACAGGGCUGUCUUGCCGUUAG